AUGAGAAGUUUAACUUUUAAUAAAAUCAUUUUUUUAAUUUUAUUAAAUUUUAAAGACUCAAUUUCAUCAAAUUUUUACGUUGGAAAAUCAUGUGAACUUAAAAGCGGUGCGAGAGGAACUUGUCAGCAGUGGAACGAUUGCUCGAUAGUUAAAGAAUUAUGGGAGAAAAAAGCUAUUUCUCGUGCUCAUGUAACAGAUUGUGAUAUAGUUAAAAGGCUCAUUUGCUGCCCAAUUUCUUUAGAUGAUGAGACUUCUACACAUAGGACGAGAACACCUCAAUUCGAUGAAGUCAAAACGACAGUAAGAGUAACUAGACCAACAAGACAAAGAAGACCUAAAACCACUACAACAACUGAACCUCCCACCACACAGGCGUCAACUAGAAGACAUUUUAAUAGAGAUCAGGAGAGAAUCAGUCAAAUAAAAUGCAAGGAAUAUGCAAAAAAAGUGUGGCAUACAACAUUAAUAGCACCAUUGCCAGGUCAAACACCGCUAGAAAGAAGAAACAGCAAGUGCACCCAUAAAUCAACUCCACUUAUUGUUGGUGGAACCGCGGCAGUUAUGGAUGAGUUUCCACAUCAGGCUCUUUUAGGUUAUUCUCCAAGAAAUACAGUAGAAUGGUUAUGUGGUGGAUCUCUAGUGUCUGCGACAUUUGUCAUUACUGCUGCUCAUUGUCUCUUUGAAAGGCAGAAAGGACAUGUCCAAAAGGUCAAAGUAGGAAUGAGAUAUAAAGAUCAAGAACAUGACAACAGAAAAGUCUUUGUUUACAACAUUAAAAAAACUUUUAAGCAUCAAAAUUAUAAUGAACAAACAUUCAAUGAAGAUAUAGCACUUCUGAAACUAGAUGGAACAGUCCCUAUUGAUGAACAUAUAUUGCCCAUUUGCUUACCAACAAUGCAAUAUGAAGCCGAAAAAGUUUUGGCUACUGGUUUUGGAGUAACUCAAACAUAUGGACAACAAUCAGAAGUUUUGUUGAAAGUUACACUUGAGAGCUUUCUUCCUACUGAUUGUAAAGCGGCAUUUCCCGAAGAUGGAAUAGUACAAUUUGAUGAACAAACCAUGUUAUGUUAUGGACAUCAUAGGGAACGGAAGGAUACAUGUAGGGUAAGGAUCAAAUCAACAGAUAUCGACAGCUUCAUUUAG